ACCGAACACCGCGCAAAUCGCAUCGCCGUGCACCUGUCGAUUCCUCCGCCAUUACACCAUAAUGUUCUCGCGAGCCGUCCGACUUACAAGGGCAGCGCCCUUCCGGGCCGCCCCGCGCGCCCCCAUCCCUUCCCUCGCGGCCAGGCGAACUGUCACCACCAAUGCCGCCUCUGCGCAGGUCGACAAGAGCUCCGUCCCCCAGUCCGACGAUGAGCCUUUCCAGGUCACGCUCAGUGAUGAGAGCUUCGAGACCUACGAGCUCGACCCCCCGCCGUACACAAUGGAGGUGACCAAGAAGGAGCUGAAGCAGAUGUACUACGACAUGGUCGUCAUCAGGCAAAUGGAGAUGGCCGCCGACAGGCUAUACAAGGAGAAGAAGAUUCGGGGGUUCUGCCACCUUUCCACGGGUCAGGAAGCUGUCGCGGUCGGAAUUGAACAUGCGAUCGAGAAGACGGACGAUCUCAUCACCGCCUACCGAUGCCACGGCUAUGCCUACAUGCGCGGCGGUACCGUCCGCUCCAUCAUCGGAGAGCUCCUCGGCCGGCGUGAGGGGAUCGCCUACGGAAAGGGCGGCUCUAUGCACAUGUUCACUAAGGGCUUCUACGGCGGCAACGGCAUCGUCGGUGCCCAGGUCCCCAUCGGUGCCGGACUCGCCUUUGCCCAGAAGUACACGGGCACCAAGAGGGCCACCGUAAUUCUCUACGGUGAUGGCGCCAGCAACCAGGGUCAGGUCUUUGAGGCUUUCAACAUGGCGAAGCUCUGGAAGCUGCCGGCCCUCUUCGGCUGCGAGAACAAUAAGUAUGGCAUGGGCACGUCGGCGGCCCGCUCGUCGGCGCUGACGGACUACUACAAGCGCGGACAGUACAUUCCUGGACUCAAGGUCAACGGCAUGGACGUCCUCGCCGUCAAGGCCGCUGUUAAGUACGGCAAGCAGUGGACCGAGGAGGAGAACGGCCCUAUGGUUCUCGAGUAUGUGACGUACCGGUAUGGUGGUCACAGUAUGUCGGAUCCCGGCACCACAUACCGUACCCGUGAGGAGAUUCAGCGGAUGCGGUCGACCAACGACCCCAUCGCCGGCCUGAAGCAGCACAUCCUCGACUGGGGUGUUGCUCAGGAGGACGAGCUCAAGGGCCUUGACAAGGAGGCGCGCAGCCACGUCAACGAGGAGGUGGCCGCUGCUGAGGCCAUGGCAGUGCCGGACGCUAUGCCCAAGAUCCUGUUUGAGGACAUCUACGUCCGGGGGACUGAGCCCGAGUUCAUCCGGGGCCGCACAUUGGACGAGUCCUUCUAUUUUGAGAAGUGAGGGCGCCCCGUGUUAGCCCUCGAACCCGAAAAGCCAAGAUCAAGCUUUCUUUGAUACCACUUGGAAUCUACCUUGAGGAAACGCGAUUUUCCAUCCAUCAUGCCCUAUCAGAAAUGCUCAGCGUGGGUGUGUGUUUUUUUUUUUGUACAGUACUCUAAUUCGUAAACAAUAGAUGAAGCCUGGGAAAGUCUGAAAUUGAAUUGCGCCCAGGAUGGUCCUUUUGAAAAGCUAUAUACUCUGUGUAGUGAGUCAAUUGGGCUGUCUUACCAUGAUAUUGUGAAUUUAGGGAGAGAGUUCAGUGUCGGCGUUACUCUGUUUAGAGUGCUUGGCAGCUGUGAAAGCAAUUUUUAGCGCAUCCCGACAG